GUACAUAAAAGAUAGAGCAGUUAUUGUGAAGACUUAGUUGCCAAGAAAGUCCUGUGGUCUGUUUAUUCUUUCCAGAGAAGUGUAGGUUUGCUUGUUUCUGCAUCAUAGGAUCCUGAUGCUGUGGGGGGAGGCUGGAGAGGAAAAGUCGCCCAUAAGGUUGAAUCACCUGCCUCACAGACAGUUCUGCAUCAGGAUCAAGCUUGUGCGUGGAGGACAAUAUGAACAUGAAACAGAUUUCCAUCCUGCUGAAUCUGUAUUUGAUCUUCAGUGUCCAAGCCAUUCAAGAGAGUAUCCCUAUGAAGAGCUUGAGCUGCUACAAUGACUACCAGUCACAGCUGACCUGCACAUGGAUGGAGCAUUCAGAGGCUCAUGCCCUCAUUGGUAUGACUCUUUACCACAGGGAUAAUAUUAUAAUGAAGAACAAGGAGAUGUUUUGCAAACGCCAGACGGAAAAUGACUUACAUGAGGCUUCAGACUCCUAUGUGCAGUGGGUUUGUCAUAACACUUCAAACAAUUUUGGAAUAGGGGUAGAUGAUAUUUACAGCUUCAAACCUAACGAGAUGCUUCAAGCAGAACUAAAUGUCAAUCUUUUUCAAAAUGUUCAGACCCCCCCGCCUCAAAACCUCUCGGUCAGCUUGAUGGGAUCAGGAGACUUCUUGCUGACCUGGAAAGCAGCUGAUGGAAGCCAAGGGCUGGGCAACGCACUGGAGUAUGAAGUCACUUACAAGCGGGACUGGGAGUCCUGGGAGACAGCUGCCUCGGUCUUGCUCUCCACCACACAUUACAAUCUCAGCCAUCAGGACCUUGUCCCAGGGAGCAGCUACGUUGCCCGUGUGCGAGCCAGACCAGGGUGGGUCAGUGCUUUCUCUGGGCAGUACAGCGAGUGGAGCACAGAGGCAUCGUGGGACACCCCUGAAGGUGGCCUUCACCCCAGGAAUCUUCGCUGCCUCUUCAAUGGUGCAGAUCGUCUGACGUGCAGCUGGGAAGUGAAGAAAGCGAUCAUCACCUCUGUCUUGUUUGGCUUGUUCUUCAGGGAGACUCCGGCAUCAGUAGAAGAGGAGUGCUCUCCUGUGCAUGAGAAGGAUUUGCCCCAUGUCCCUUAUGUGGUCCAGAGCUGUGAGAUCCCUGUUACCAACUCCAACAGUCAAAGCCAGUACCAUGUGUCUGUCCGGGCCAAGACAGAAGAGAAACUGAUUGAAGCCUACAAGAACAUUAAGGUGCUGCCACCUGCAAAUGUGUCGAUAACAGUGACAGAGAGCCAAGAGUAUGAACUGAGGUGGACAAAACAUGUUUUGGGAUAUAACUUCAUAAAACAGAGGUACCAAGUUGAGUACUGGAAAAACAACCAGUAUGAAAAAACUCUCCAGAAAUUAGAUAUCAGCAACGAUGAACCUCCUUUCAUCUUCACCCUGCAGAUGCUGGCAUCUUCUACAGAAUAUAGGGGGAAAAUGCGUGCACGGGUGAAUAUGCCUCUGGAUUAUGAGGGGCCUUGGAGUGAAUGGAGUGAGGAGUUCACCUGGAAGACUGAGAAUGUUCUGCUACCUGUGGUUCUCCCGGUGAUGCUCCCAGCUCUCAUCAUCACUUUGUUAAUAGUUGCUUAUUGCUUCUAUAAGUAUUUCCUCAGGAAGAAAAAAAUGUGGGAGGAAAAGAUUCCAAACCCCAGCAAGAGUGUCCUGAUCCAGAGCUACCUGGGGAAAGUACAUUUAGGAAACUGGCCAAUAAGCAGCCAGCUGGAUUUCAACAAAUACAACCUUUCAGAAAAGAUGGAGCAGGCUAGCUUCCUUCAAGUUGUGGACAGGCAGACGAAGACUUUGGCAGAGUCCCCUGAAGAGCAGACUAAAAAGACAGAUAUUUCCCUUGCUGCACUGGACCUACAGAACUCAUACCAUGCUUUAAAUGAGCCAGAGCAUGCUCCAGUUGUCUUCUCAAGUCAGACUGCUGGUCAUUCCUUUCCCGUUUCAAGAAGAAACAGUGCUGAUGAAAGUAUUGCUUCCCAGACAGCAGUCCCUUGCUUGGCUUUCAACGGUCCAUACUUGUACAGCCCAGUGAUGUCCUCCCAGCCUGAUAUGCACCAGAGCCUGAAAGCAGACCCAGUGGGAGCCCAUGAGAAAUCAGUUUCCCUUCAGUAUGUGACCCUCCCAAAGGAAGACUGUCCCCAGGCACCACGGAGGCAAGAGCAGCCAGGAGCAGGUCCUCCACAGCCCUUCCUGCUCCCAGCUCAGAAGGAAUCCAUGCAGCACCUUGACGACGAGAAAGAAGUCUCACCAGACCCACCAGCCUGUGGGAAAGGCACGAACAUGAGAACAGAAGAGCAGAAAUCUCCAAAGGCUCUUAGCUGCAUCACAUCUCCUCAGCAGUGCCCCUUGGAGUACAUCACCACAGACAGCCUGUCACUGCCAUCAGCCAGCGACUCCACCCGUCCGCCCCUUGUCACCAGUGGGGAGUUCCCUUGUCACCCACAGGAGCCCCAGCCCCCCAGCGACCACUCUUGCCGUGAGUCUUCUCCUGGGAAAGCUGGUGUCAUGGUCCCAGUUGCAGGUCAAGCACCAACCUCUUCUCCUGAAUUGCACCUGGAUACAUUUGGAGACUAUCUUACUGUCCCUUCAGAUCUCCACGGACAUUCAGAACCCACAAAGAUUUCUUUGCCUGUCUUACAAAAGGGAAAUGAACUUCCUAGCAAGCAACCAUUGUCAGAGGGUAACUUGGUGGUGUUAAACCCUGACAGCACUGAGCCAGUUUUCCUUUGCCAGGUUGGCGACUAUUGUUUCCACAGCCUAAAAUCUAGUGUGAAGAUGGAUAUUAAUCAGGAAGACCACCAAGUCAAGAAACCUGAAGGCAAGACAACAGCUGGGGAACCUCUAUCUGAUAAUGAAACCAUCACUGGCAAGGAGAAGGAGGUGUCAAAGAUGCAGGCUAUUCAGCUUUUCAAAAACCUGAAAUCAGAUGAUUACUUUUCCUGGCAGCAAUCUUUGAGGAUCACAGAAAUAUGUUAAAUGGGCAAAUAUUAAUGAAUACCAAAGCUACAGGUAACCGAAAGAGCUUGCAACUAUCUGAUGAAAAUGAACCCACAAUUCUAGGAACAAAUAAAUGCUAGUUCUUUUUUCCAUCUUCCAGCCCAAUGUGUUGAAAGACUUGAAGUAGCUCAAUACCCUUCUCAGUGGCCUUCACAGGUUUGACAUGAAAGAUAAUCCAAAUAUUGCCCUUUGGUGUUUUUCAAACUUUUUGGCUUAUCCACAAUGAACAGUUUAGCCUCCUCAUGAUCCUGUGACAGAUCACAGUCAUCUUGAAAUAAUACCAGAUUGCCUGAGACAAAACUCAUGGCAGGAAAUGCAGACUUAACAGCAUGAAAUGUUAUCAGAAGAAGACAGGCUUGGAAACCUUGGAAAGAAAACUUAUAUUCUUAAAAGCAAUUUUGUUGAACUUUUGGAUGUGUGUAAAAUAGAUCUAAGAGUCACCAAGGAGCUUUCAUAUCUUUACCUUUCCACUACUGGCAUGAGACAGGUAUUGUCUAAGUUGAAAAAAAAAAAAAAAAACAAA